AUGAAGGAUGAAGAAUCUGUGAAUGAGUUUUUUACUCGUGUUCUUGUUAUAACAAACAAGAUGAAAGUUAAUGGUGAGAAUUUGUAUGUCUUUAAUGUUGUAGAGAAGAUUCUGAGAUCAAUGACUCCAAAAUUCAAUUAUGUUGUGUGUUCAAUUGAGGAGUCCAAGGAUACUAGUAAUUUAUCGAUUGAUGAGCUACAGAGCAGUUUACUUGUGCACGGACAAUGCAUGAGUAACACUAUAGAGGAAGAGCAUGCUCUGAAAGUGACUCAUCGUGGCAAUUACAGUGGACGACCAAGAGGAUGUGGAAGUUACGGAGGCAGAGGCCGUGGGAGAAGUAGAUAA